UUCUGUUUUGAAUGUUUACAGAUUCAGUCCAAUUAUUAGGAAGUGUUUGCAUAUAAAUGGCAGAGUCUUCAGUGGACAGUAUAUUGGAAUUUCUAAGAAGAAAUAAAUUUAAAAAAGCUGAGGCUGCAUUGUGCAAUGAACUGUAUGAUAGACCCGAUUUAAAUGGGUUUCCUCAAAAACUCACGCUUGAAUACAAAGCAUCAGGUAGUAAAUUGCGCGAAGAAGCAAAUGGGGAAAAUGUAAUUGAAGAAGAUGGAAGGAUGACCUUUUUGCCAACUAGUGGAGAAGGAGCUAAGGAGCCAACAAGUUCUCCAAGUAGUGGGGAGGUUUCUAAGGAGCUUAUUGUGAAGGAAAUACAGUGUGGGACGGGGAGAAAUGGGUCUGAGAGCAAUUGGAAAAGCAAUAGUUAUCAGCAAGAUCAGAGUGAGGUUAAUGAGUCAAUCAAGACGAGAGAUAAGAACGUUACCUUCUCCAAGAGUUCAGAUGAUACUAUGCUUGAUUUGUAUUCGUGGAAGUACAAUCCAGGUAAUGGUCUGGUUCCUUCUUAUCAAAAUGAUGGUGAAAACAACUUUUCUGGCUUUCGGGUUCAUGGAAAGUCUAUGCUGAAUUCAACUGAGAUUCUCGAUAGCAGCAAGGCUAAUGCAAAAUCAGGGGAAGAUGUUAGUAAACCCAAAUGGAGUGACAAAAGUCAGCUUAAGGAAGUUGAUCAACAGCAAAAGCUAAGUGGCAUGUGCUCAAAUGACAGCCUUGUGGAUAAUCCCUGGUCUAUAAGUGAUGAAUCAUCACAUCAGCCAUCAGAGCUGCGGAGAAAUUGUUUGGUUAAAAUGGUUUUCCCCUUCUCCAAGGGAGACACAUCAGCCUGUUAUGAUAGCGCUUCCGUUAUUGGUGGUAAAGAGGAGGGAAAAAGAAAAACAGAACUUGGCGACAUUAGGACUGUGAUUAAGGAUCAAGUGGAUGAGGUGGGAAGAGCUCUGUACUUUGGGAAGACUCAUGGAGGUGAUCCAAAAGAUUUCAGUGCAUUGGAUUUUCCACUCACAUCUGAGAAUCAGAAGGAAGAGUUACCAAGGUUACCACCAGUGAGACUCAAGUCAGAAGACAAGUCCUUCAGUAUUCACUGUGACGAGAAGUUCGAAGAUGAACCCGGUCCGAAUAUCAUGAGUGCUGACAAUGUCAUAGGGUCAUUUCUGGAUGUGCCUAUCGGACAAGAAGUUGGUAAAAAGACUGGAGGAGGUAAUUGGCUUUCAGUAAGUCAGGGUAUUGUUGCCGAGGAUGCUUCUGAUCUUGUUUCUGGUUUUGCAACAAUUGGUGACGGGUUGAGUGAAUCUGUUGACUAUCCAAAUGAGUACUGGGACUCUGAUGAAUACGAUGACGAUGAUGAUGUUGGCUACAUGCGUCAACCUAUUGAAGACGAGGCUUGGUUUUUAGCACAUGAAAUUGAUUACCCAAGUGACAAUGAAAAGGGUACAGGACAUGGGAGCGUUCCAGACCCUCAUGAGCAGGGUCAAAAUAAGGACGAUGAAGAUGAUCAAUCAUUUGCAGAAGAGGAUUCCUACUUAUCUGGUGAGCAGUAUAUCCAGUCGAAAAAUCUUUCUCCAAUUAUACCUUCAGGUGAUCCUACUGGGCUGUCAGUGACUGAAAAUUACAGGAGAAACGAUGAGAAUGACUUGAUCACCCAAUAUGAUGGACAAUUGAUGGAUGAAGAGGAACUAAAUUUCAUGCGUGCAGAGCCGGUUUGGCAGGGCUUUGUCACGCAGUCAAAUGAACUCAUCAUGCUAGGGGAUGGAAAAGCUCUGAAUGAGUGUGGAAGGCCUCAUCUAGAUGAUAUUUGUGUGGAUGACGAUCAACAUGGUUCUGUCAGAUCUAUUGGUGUGGGGAUUAACAGUAAUGCUGCUGAUAUGGGCAGUGAAGUGAAGGAAACUUUGGUUGGAGGUAGUAGUGAGGGAAACUUUGAGUACUCCCAUGAUCAUCAUAUUAACACUGGUAGGUCUAAACACUCACAGCAUGAUCCAGAUAAUAAUAUUGGUGAACGAAAAGGGAAAAACAGAAUAAGUACACAUAACUUCAGUGAAAAUACAAAGAGUGAUGAUAGGUGUGCAUUUCCACAAGCAAAAAAUCACGUGGAUGGAAGCUUUUCAUUUCCUCCUCCUAGAGGUGGUCAGUUGGUGUCGACAGGCUCGAAUAUAUCCUUGUGGUCAAGCAAGGACAACAAUGCUGUCAGUGAUAAAGCUGAUGAUAAUACAGUGUGUAGCAAUGACGUACUUGCUUCAAGGAGGCAAAAAAGCACCAACUCUUCGCCUGCCAAGAGCUCAAGGGACGAAAACACUGCUACUGCUGUAGGAUCAGUGAAUUCUAGUCCAUCAUCUCUUUCAAAUUAUGGGUAUAUUGAGAGAGAGCAUGUAAAGAGAGAAGAGGAUGCAAAAACAUCUAAUGUAAGAGAAGAUGAUCCUGGGGCAUCUUUAGAGGAUGAGGAGGCUGCUGCCGUGCAAGAGCAAGUGAAGCAGAUAAAGGCUCAAGAGGAAGAAUUUGAGACCUUCAAUCUUAAGAUUGUCCACAGGAAAAACAGAACUGGCUUUGAGGAGGACAAAAGUUUCCAUGUUGUUUUAAAUUCAGUAAUUGCUGGGCGCUAUCAUGUCACUGAAUAUCUUGGGUCAGCUGCUUUCAGUAAAGCCAUUCAGGCACAUGACCUUCAUAUGGGCAUGGAUGUGUGCGUGAAGAUUAUAAAGAAUAACAAGGAUUUUUUUGAUCAGAGCCUCGACGAGAUAAAACUUCUUAAGUAUGUGAACAAGCACGAUCCUGCUGACAAGUAUCACAUUCUUCGGUUGUAUGAUUAUUUCUAUUAUCGAGAGCACUUGUUAAUUGUAUGUGAAUUGCUGAAAGCAAACCUAUAUGAGUUCCAUAAGUUUAAUAGAGAAUCUGGAGGAGAGGUCUACUUUACAAUGCCAAGACUGCAGUCGAUUACCAUUCAGUGUUUGGAAGCACUUCAAUUCUUACAUGGUCUUGGCCUCAUACAUUGUGAUUUGAAGCCUGAGAAUAUUUUGGUGAAAAGUUAUAGUAGAUGUGAAGUGAAGGUCAUUGAUCUGGGGAGUAGUUGUUUUGAAACAGAUCAUCUUUGUUCGUAUGUUCAAUCAAGGUCCUAUCGUGCGCCAGAGGUUAUUCUGGGACUUCCAUAUGAUAAAAAGAUCGAUAUCUGGUCACUUGGCUGCAUCUUGGCAGAACUAUGUACUGGCAAUGUACUCUUCCAAAAUGAUUCUUCCGCGACUUUACUUGCUCGAGUUAUUGGAAUCAUAGGCCCGAUUGACCAAGAGAUGCUUGUUAGAGGACGAGAUACAUACAAAUAUUUCACCAAAAAUCACAUGCUUUAUGAACGGAACCAGGAAACCAACAGACUGGAGUACUUGAUACCGAAAAAGUCAUCCUUGAGGCAUCGGUUGCCAAUGGGAGACCAGGGCUUCAUUGACUUUGUUGUUCAUCUACUCGAGAUAAACCCCAAGAAGCGCCCUUCUGCUUCAGAGGCUUUGAAACAUCCUUGGCUUCAAUACCCUUAUGAGCCAAUAUCAUCUUGAGGAAUUCAAGAUUCAUGAGUCGAGUGUUCUCCACUAGAGUACUCGUAUAGGUUUUUCAACAAGAGGGUGGAAAAGAUGCUGGCGACGUUUAAUUGUAAGUUUCUAUUCGUCUGCAAUUGAUCUUCUGUGAACGCCUAUUCCUUCAAUUGGAAUGUGUGUUAUGGUUUUGACGGUGAAAUACAUCUUCCAUAUAACUGCAUUGUAUUCUCAUCUAUUCUGAACUGAAAUUUAAUAGCCUAUACGGAAUGACUAGGGUUUUUCAUCUUUCCUUGUGUCUUGUUUGGUGGAAGGGGAAGUGUUCACUCUUGUUUGUACAUAAUUUGUGAUCAUUCUUUGAGGUUAUUGUGUAAUAGCUGCUUACCGUUACCCAUUUUGAUUAAUUUUUACUCAUUUUUGUGGGUUGUAUCAUUGUGAAACAAGCAAGCCAGGUAACAUGUUUGGCUUGGCUAACCUUUUUUGCUGUAUUGAAUCGUCUUUAACUUGUGAAUAUGUUUGUUA